CCAAGUGCAGGAAACGGUGUCACUUUACCCUCUCUUCAGCUAAACAAGACCCUUCUUGGGUCUACACUUACACAGCUGAAGGAAGUCGGAGAAAGAACUGCAGACUUUGUAGGAAGAAGUUUUGUGGUUGCUCCCAAGUAACUAAUUGCCUUUUCCUGGUGAUGGAGUAGUCAACUUUCAUAUUUUUAUGACCUCAUUUGGAGUUGCCAAAGAUAGCAGCCACUGGGUAUCAGGCAGCUGGGAAUCCUGGCUUUGCAGCCAUGUGACCUUGGCUUCGCUUAUUGGCAGUCAUGGGGAGCCGCUGGCAGCAGCCUCUAGCCGAGAGCCAUGCUCAGCUAGGAACAAUGAAUCAUUCUUUGCAGGACCCUGGCUCUUGUGGCAUACACGAAGAUGGAAAGCUGUACAUCGUGGAUUCCAUAAAUGACCUGAACAAACUAAACGUCUGCCCUGCUGGAUCGCAGCAUCUGUUCUCUCUGGAGGAGAAAACCCCAGGCCUUGGCACUCACUCAGGAAACGGAAGCCAGAGUCUGUUUUUUCUGGGGCUGCUAAUUGCGCUGAUUGUCAGCCUGGCGAUGGUUUUCUUCGUGAUAUUUCUAAUAAUUCAGACCGGAAACAAGAUGGAGGAUGUGUCCAGACGCUUGGCAGCGGAGGGAAGGGACAUAGAUGAGCUUAAGAAAAUCAACAGUCUGAUCGUGAAGAGACUCAACCAGCUAGACUCUGAACAGAACUGAAGAAGUGGUUUUCCACUAGCAGCGGAUAAAUCUGGAGCUUCUUUACUUUCCUGGGAGGACAUAAGGUUAAGAAUGGAGAAAGCACACUUUGUCAGGCAGCGCACAAUCUGAUCUGCAAAACCGAGUCUGGGCCAGGGAGGUGAGCAGCUCCGAGGCAAGCGGGUUUGGAGCCAGCAGCUGGAAAGGGGUGGGCUCAGCCUCGUUUUGUGGUAGAGUACUUCAGCUUUCUGGGGUUAGGGUGAGUGCCUAGCAUGGGAGUGAACCGCAGGAAGCAGGAGGGGCCUGUUCAUCCUUACAGCUCUUACAAAGAGCUUAGUCUAGAGUUCGCUGAGGUCAGUGGUGCCUCCCUCACCUUUGCAGAUUUCUGCGAAAGCCUGAGAGCAAGUUGGUGGGCUUCUUGGCAAGUUGCUGCCUUGGUGAUUGCUGGUGGAAACAUGGGUGCUAGUUAGGGCUACGUGGUAGGGCCAGGGGCCAACAGAAAAAGCCCAAUUACUUCAGUGGAUGUUCACUGCGCGUCUGCUUGCGCAAAUCACCCCACCCUAGGGGAGCUCACCUGCAAGUGUGGGAAAGGCAGAUGCACAUGGCGUUAGAUAAACCUUUCUUCCUUGGGUUCUUAUGAAGAAAACGUUCCCUGAGCACCCUUUCUUCAUUGGUUUGGAGUAAACACUAAAUAUGGUAUUUAUCUACUUUUGCACUGAAGCCUUUGUACUGCAUACUUCUCUUUUUCUUAGGCUAGGUAGCCGUACAGAACAUUUUUUAAACCUGAGAUUUGUGUUUGCUGGAAAGUUCUUGUUGAUCAGUUGACAAGGUAUGUGUUAUAAGGAUUUGUUGUGAAACUGUUUUGGGUCCUACUGGGGAUUUAAAGGAACAACUAAAAAUUUCCACUUCUUUGCGGGUGAGCCAGCAGGUUCAGAUCCUGGCGUGAUCACAUCUGGUGGCUCUGGGGAAGUUCACCUCUUUGAUUUUUUUUUUUGAUCAGUAAAAUUAGAUGAUCAUAAAAUCUAUAUCAUAGCAUUACUGUGAGACUUAGAAGUAAUAUAAUUUUUUAAAAACCAAUAAACUUAAUUUAAAAAAGAAUAAUUGUGUUAGAAACAAUAAAAUGCUGGUGUGAUUGUACAUUUUAUUGCUAAAAGUAGUAAAUGUGAAAUAAUGGAAAUAAACUUGUGUGGUUCAACCUCUCUGGGGAAACUUUGAGCUAA